AGGAGAAUUGCUUGAACCCUGGAGGCAGAGGUUGCAGUGAGCCAAGAUUGCGCCACUGCACUCCAGCCUGGCGCCUGGCGACAAAGCGAGACUCUGUCUCAAAAAAACAAAAGAUUUGUAUUUGCGUAAGUUCAGUAACUACUGUAUAAUCUCAGGGUUGUAGGGCCAGGCCAUGAAAAUAAUGCUAUAUGCAAAUCAAGAGGAUGAUCAGGUAACCUGGAUGAAUCAAUAGAAAGUCAAGCAUAGAGCAAAGACACAUGGUCCCUAAUCAGCAUGGAGGCCGGCCCAAGGCUGGCCACUGAUUGCAUCCUCUGUGUAGGGCAGGGGGCGAAGCCCUCCUAAAGCAGUGCCUUCCUUUGCUGCCUCAGGCCACCUGCCCUGCCCAACUGGCCUCUUUGGAUUUAAAGGGCUCUUUCUGGUCUCUGUCCAGGCCCUUCAUGGUCCAUCUUUAGUGAGCCACAUCUCGAGGUGUCCAGAGCCGAGGAGGUGUGAGUUCAUGGGCUUUGAAGUGGGGCAGACUUGGGCUGAGUCCUGGCUCCACCACUCAGUGGUUGGGCGUUCCCAGGAGUUCGGCAAGUGCCUUGAUUCUUCAAGCCCCGGUAACAUCAUCAGUAAAAUGAGGAUGACCCUCAGGGCUGUGGGGAGGGUUGAGUCAGACGUCGCGCAGAAGGCACUGAGCACAGAGCCUGGUGCAGACUGGAAAUCCGCGCUCUUCAGGACAGCAGAGUUAAUCCAGGGUCUGCGUUCUCUGCCGACUUCUUCCCCAUCAGGUCACUGCUCCCUCCUCUGAGGUCUGGACACAAGGCCGUAGGGAUCCAGACUGUCCUAGAUGAGGAGGACAUCUAUUCUCAGUGCUCUUUCCAGUGGUUUGUUUGGAGCUGCUCGUCCUGAUAUUCUGACCAACUCUGGCAGAGGGAAAGUCAGAUUUGAGGCAUGAGCUGUAGCAGGCAUCCAGAGAGGAAGGAAGGGUAAAGAGCUCUUCUGGGAGAGGAAAGGGGUCAUUUGGUAGUGCCCAAAAGGACUGUAGACUCCUCCUCAACAGUUUAGGACCUGUGAAGGUUUCCCACAGAGAGCACCUUCCCCUCUAUCCAUUAGGCCCACCCCGUGACAUCAAUGGAAUGGAAGCACCCUGCAGGUGACAUCACUGUUGCUCAGGGCAACACCUCCACCCUAAGGCAGACAAGGAGGUGAAAAAGUGGCCUCAAGAGUAAGACGCAUGUUGAAGGGAAGGGACAUAGAAGGUGUCACAUUCACAGGUGUGUUUCUCAGAGGCUGGGGAGGGGAUGUGCCUGGGUAGGGGGAAGGUGAAGAGAGGGAGGCACUGUGGUCUCAGAUCUGGGCUGUGUCAGUUGGUGGUGGGUCUUUAGGCCAUGGGUCAGAGAACCCAGUGCUGACAGCUGCAAUCUCCUUUGUUUCUCUGAGUGGGACUCCUUAGAGGGUCUCCUGCAACCUGGAUUUGUAAGGAGGGUUAGGGGAAGGGCAGGCUGGAGCAGUGUUGGGACCAUCGGAAAAGUGGCUUUCUAUUCUUCAGCCUCCCCACAAAAAGAGAGUGAGAAAUAGGAGGCUCACAUCCUUACUACAGGGGCUUCAUUGAUGGAGCAGUCAUCGUGCAUCUAUGUAAUGCUCGGCCCUAUACCAGGGAUUCAGUGGCCUCAGGGAGCCUUAUGAUGAAAUGCACAUGGAGAGGAAGAGAGUAUGGAAUCCACUGCCCCAAGAGGCAGGACCAGCUGGAGAUAGGAAUCCAGUCUCAAAGUUCACUUCACUCAGCUCUGGCAUUCCCUGGGAAAUUCUAGAUGGGUUAAACUAAAUUCAUGGAAAGCUUUCAGCUGGAUGUGCUUGAGAUACACUUGCUAAUUUGGGAGGGGAGUCAGAGGGGGCGGCCAUGGACGUCCACCUCGUCCCACCUGGUAUGGCACUGUUUACAAGGCUGAGGUCACUCAGCAGUUCUGAUGCUCUUAACUUGGCGACCUGUGGUUUCUGCCACAUCUUAUCAGGUGAUGCCUGCUGCUCCUCCUAAGCAAGGGCUGCCACACAUCAGCACAGGAGACAAAAGAGGCAGGAGAGGGAGGACUCCCUGUCCUGAAGAAAGGUGAAAAACGAGAUGAUACAGUAGGUCUCUCUAUGGAGGCUUCAGGAAUCACCUUGUCCUUCCACUUGAAGGCACCUGAUUCAAGUUUUUGUUUUGUACAACUAGGCAUAACUUCAGGUGCUUUUCUGAUGUCCAGCAUAUCACUGGCUACAGUCAUUGCCCUAAUUCUUGUAUUCACCUGGCUUUUUCAGGUUUAUAAAUGAAAAUUAGAGUAUCAUUAGCCGAGAUGACCAUUUGCAGAUUAUGAUUCUAUUUACAAAUAUGGUCCCGAAUCCAUCGUUGUGGAUAUUACAUUGUUCAUAUAAGUAGAAUGGCCUUGUUAAAAAAAAAAAAAAAAAAGUAGUUAUUUACUAAGCAAAGCUUCUUUCUAGGGGUUUACACAUAUUUAUUUAUCGUCCUCACAACAACCCUUCAAGGUGAGUAUUAUCCUAGUUUUACAGGUGAAAGACUCAGAGUGACUUGCCCCAAACGGAAAACAACAGAGACAAGAUUCAAACCUAGAUUUGCUCUCUCCCAGGGCCUUAGACUCUUUCUGCCACCUCAGGCGUCUGCCUGGACACCAUAGCCCAGAAAGUAUCAGAUGGUAUAAAGAAUCUCACAAAGUUUAAGAAUCAAAACUGAGAAGACAGCAAGCACACCACCAGCUCCAGGCCUGAGCCUUCUGGUCCCUUCCUGCUGUGAUUCACUCUGAUAUUAGCAGACCUAAUGAACUUCGGGGACUCCUUCUGCCAAGCGAUGCUGUGACUGUAGCCUGGGCUAUAUGAGGAUGAAAGGAAGGAAAGGCUUCCCCUUCCAGCACUCAGUUUUCUUUUCUGUUUAAUGGGCACAGCUACAGGCAGUUCCUGAUAAUAUUCAGAGCACUCUGCAAUCCUCUGACAGAAGUCCCUAGGAAAAAUACAAAGGCCCACAGCUAUCAAAUGACCCACUUCCAGGUGCAUAACACAGUGGGACGCUCACUGCGCUCACUGCCCGGGAAGAGGGCUCAGCUUGGAAGCUGUCCUGGGCUGCUACUGUUUUCUCUCCCUUCCAGGUCAUUUCCCUCAGCUGAUGCAGGAGUCCUCCUCACCCUCACUCCUCCUCCUAUAUCAAAGCAGCAGGGAAGUGUCAUCAUUUUGGCCCUGCCCACUGGUACAAAACCAUGUGCUCAUAACAUACUGUUCUCAUGGGAGCCAGCUUCAAUAGCCUCUUAGCAGCAGUCAGGGGAUCCACCUGAAGUUUAUGAAGGAGUCCUUUGUUUGCUGAGGCUUUGUUCCAAAGUUCCCAAGAAGGCAGGGGUGCAGCAUGCCUGGGCCGGAGGGCAGGAGAGCAGGGGCUGCCUGGGUCCCACCCCUGUGUGCCGCCUUAAAAUGUCCCUAAUGUACCCAUGCCACUUCCUGAUGUUUCACCCCAAUACAUACCUACUUGCCAGGGUCAAGAAGCCCUCACUCCCUUCUUUGCAGGGAAGGCUUUCCAUUCCUUUUAUCUCAAAUAGCCCAAGCCACACACAAAAUCUUGGUAGAAGGACUCUCAAGCGUUCAUUAAGUCUAACUCCCUGUUUCAUGCCCACAUUUCAUCUAAAUUGUCACCUACCCUUGCCUAAACAGUCUGGGGAGGAAAGUCCAUAGGUACAUGUCUAAUUUUCCACAGAUACCAGGUCACCGAAAGCAGCAUAGCUUAUGGCUUCAUGGGAUGAUCAUAGGCUUGAAAGUCAGAUAGGUUUGGAUUGAAAUGCUGGCUCUAUGAUGUUGGUGGGCGGCCUCACCUCUAUGCCUCAGUUUCCUUAUCUGUAAAAUGGGGAUAAGUGCCUGCCUCCAAGGGUUGAUGUGAGAAUGAUACAUGUAAAGCAUUAUUGCACAAUAAAUGGGAUGCAGUAGUUGUAAUUUAUUAAACCCUCCCAUGGUGCGUCAGGGCCCUGAGGCUUGUCCUGUUUUUCUCCUGAAAGAAGAAUUACUUCUCUGCUCCUUCUCUUACCCUGUAAGCCUCUGUUUAUCGUCCAUUUCUGCAAGAAGCUUGAACAAGAAGGGAGGUGUCCAAGGCAAGGCAGCUGAGGGUCAGAUAAACGAGUCGGGGUUCAUUCCUGGGCCAUUUUCUGAAUGUUGGCAGUGAGUCCACCUGCAGUUAGAUGAAGGUCGGUCCAGACAAAAAGGGGCUGCAACCAUCUCUGUCUCCAGGACUACGUCUGGAAGGGAUUUUGCUUACGUUUCCCAAGGCACUUACACUGUUAGUGCUUUGCUUUUCUGACUGCAGGGCACCUCCCGGGAAGAAAGAAUGAAGAACUUCUACAUUCUUUCUUCCUGGGAGGUACAGCUUCCCACUUCACUCCAGGAAUUUCAUAUUCCUGCUCCUGGGAGUAAAGGCAGUGAGGUUCUUUUCCCAAUCCUAACUCCAUUCAUGUAUUCAGCACCUACCCUCUUCCCAUGCUGGGUACGCAGAACCUAACGGAAGAGCUGUUGGUGUCAAUAAUGCCAGACUGGACGGAGCAAGGAAGGGUGCUGCUGACCCUCCUCUGUGUCAGCCCCUGGGGCCUUUAGAAGAAGACGAAGAGGUGGAGGAAGCAACUUAGUCAUACUCUCCAGGCUUCUGGAGGAGCCGCAGGGAUGUUGCUCUUCCCAGAGGACUCCUUAACAUUGCAACCAUGACGAUUUAACAAAUCAAAAGGGAGACCUGACCAUGGCACCAGUACCAGUGCCGAUAGCAGUAUCAUUUGCCAAGCUCCGCUGAGGGACUGUGAGAUGGUGCACAAUGUCAUAAAUUGGACAUAUUGCCAUAGCAAGCAGUAGAGCCAAGAUUCAAACCCAGGACAUCUGAUUCCAGAGUUUGACUGCUUAGCUGUGGUUCUCUAAGCCUCUGCAAACUGUUAAGCUCUUCUCAGCUGAUGAGCUAUGGGCUGUUUCUUUCUCGGUGACCCUAGGAAUGGGAAUGAGCCCGUGUGAACUCUUCACUAGCAGUGGCUGCUUGCUGCGCACCUCGGUCUGACACACAUGUGAGUCAGGGGUCCAUGCAUUUGGCAGGCAUUAUUUGGGCACCUACUGGAUGCCAGCACAGCCUCGGUGGAGCACCCGCAUCACACCUUAUUGCUCUGUCCCUGUGGCUAGAAGACGAUGUCGCUGUAGGGUUGUUUUGUGCAAUUAAUAGGGAGUAUGACUCUGAGUAGGCACAGGUACUUCUGGGAGCAAUUUUGCUAACUGUUCCUAGCCUUACCAUGUGGGCCCUCUGCUCUCCGGAGAGGAGGACUGGUUUGUGCUGACUGGUGUGGGAGGGCUGGCAGGGGCCCAGCUCUAUUGUUCAGCCCAGAUCCCUGCAGCAGAGCGUAAGCAAAGACGCUCUUAAUUUUUUUACAGCUUUGUCUUUGUGUCAGUAACUGCUCCCCUUUAUUGAGAUGAAAGGGGGUUUUAGAUCUUUGCAGGCAGAGUGUGUGCAUGUGCGUGCGUGCGUGCGUGUGUGUGUGUGUGUGGGUGUGUGUGUGUGUACGCGCUUCCCUUCCUCUCCCCGCUCUCCCCAGCCCAGCUGGGGCCCAGGCAUUGUGUCAGGUACCUAAGCCACAGGGGACCUGGGUAGAAACACAGUCUGGGAUUUCUUUCGCUGUGUGGGGCCCAGAAUCUCUGGAAGCCAGGACGUGGGAAAGCUCAGACCAUGGCCAUGGGGCUCUUCCGCGUGUGUCUGGUGGUGGUGACGGCCAUCAUCAACCACCCGCUGCUAUUCCCUCGGGAGAACGCCACGGUGCCCGAGAAUGAGGAGGAGAUCAUCCGCAAGAUGCAGGCACACCAGGAGAAGCUGCAGCUGGAGCAGCUGCGCCUGGAGGAGGAAGUGGCGCGGCUGGCAGCUGAGAAGGAGGCGCUGAAGCAGGUGGCAGAGGAGGGCAGGCAGCAGAAUGAGACACGCGCGGCCUGGGACCUCUGGAGCACCCUCUGCAUGAUCCUCUUCCUGAUGAUCGAGGUGUGGCGGCAGGACCACCAGGAGGGGCCCUCCCCUGAGUGCCUGGGCGGUGAGGAGGAUGAGCUGCCUGGGCUGGGGGGUGCCCCCUUGCAGGGCCUCACCCUGCCCAACAAGGCCACGCUUGGCCACUUUUAUGAGCACUGCAUCCGGGGGGCCACAGCCGACGCUGCCCGUACCCGGGAGUUCCUGGAAGGCUUCGUGGAUGACUUGCUGGAAGCCCUGAGGAGCCUCUGCAAUCGUGACACCGACAUGGAGGUGGAGGACUUCAUUGGCGUGGACAGCAUGUACGAGAACUGGCAGGUGGACAGGCCGCUUCUGUGCCACCUUUUUGUGCCCUUCACACCCCCCGAGCCCUACCGCUUCCACCCAGAGCUCUGGUGCUCCAGCCGUUCAGUGCCCCUGGAUCGCCAGGGCUACGGCCAGAUCAAGGUGGUCCGUGCCGACGGGGACACCCUGAGCUGCAUCUGCGGCAAGACCAAGCUCGGGGAAGAUAUGCUGUGUCUCCUGCACGGCAGGAACAGCACGGUGCCCCCCUGCGGCGACAUGGAGAACCUGCUGUGUGCCGCGGAUUCCAUGUACCUGGACACGAUGCAGGUCAUGAAGUGGUUCCAGACGGCCCUCACCAGAGCCUGGCACGGCAUUGCCCACAAGUACGAGUUUGACCUGGCCUUUGGCCAGCUGGACAGCCCGGGCUCCCUGAAGAUCAGGUUCCGCUCAGGGAAGUUCAUGCCCUUCAACCUGAUUCCUGUGAUCCAGUGUGAUGACUCGGACCUGUACUUCGUCUCCCACCUUCCCAGGGAGCCAUCCGAGGGCACCCUGGCCUCCAGCACAGACUGGCUCCUGUCCUUUGCUGUCUACGAGCGCCGCUUCCUCAGGACAACACUGAAGGCGCUGCCCGAAGGCGCCUGCCACCUCAGCUGCCUGCAGAUCGCCUCCUUCCUACUCUCCAAGCAGAGCCGCCUGACCGGCCCCAGCGGGCUCAGCAGCUACCACCUGAAGACCGCCCUGCUGCACCUCCUGCUCCGCCGGCGGGCGGCGGACUGGAAGGCGGGGCAGCUGGACGCUCGACUGCAUGAGUUGCUCUGCUUCCUGGAGAAGAGCUUGCUGGAGAAGAAGCUCCACCACUUUUUCAUUGGCAACCGAAAGGUGCCCGACGCUAUGGGCCUCCCGCAGGCGGUGCUCAAGGCGGAGCCCCUCAACCUCUUCCGGCCCUUUGUCCUGCAGCGAAGUCUCUACCGUAAGACACUGGACUCCUUCUAUGAGAUGCUCAAGAAUGCCCCCGCACUCAUUAGUGAGUAUUCCCUACAUGUCCCCUCGGACCAUGCCAGCCUGCCCCAAAAAGCCAACGUCCUGUAGAGCAUGUGGGACUCUGGAAGCUAGGAUGAGGGCAUUCCUCACAGUCACACUCCUGGUGACAUCUGCCAGCGCUGUCCUGGGGACAAGGCGGGCUUUCGUGGGAGCCGUGCUCAGCCUGCCAGGAAGCCAGGCCCUACAGUGCAGAGGAAACAGAAUUUCAACAGGAAGCUGGUACCAUUGGGAUCUGUUGGUAAAGCUGUCAUUUGGGUUUAGGGACUGAUCCCCUGCAGUUUACUUCUGGAUCAUCAUGAAUGGCCAAGAUGGUGGCAGAACAUGCAGUGGACCCUGAGUUGGAAACAGUGCAAAUGUUGGAUUGGGUGUUAAUUCUUUUUGCAUCCCAGAUCCAGUCUGUACUUGAGUAUCAGCAGAGGAUCCAUGAGAAGGCUGACGGGGAACUGUGUUAAGACCCAGCACCGGUAUUCCCAGCCCUUGGCCUGACCGUCUGCAGCCAGAGCACUAACAGGGACAGAUGUGGGAAUGUCCAUCUUUACUCCACAACCUGCAUGACAGCAGUCCCACCAUGGCUGCCACUUUUUUAUAUUAUUUGGAGAAAAGACCUUGUGUAGAUUCGGGUCCCAAGUGACUAACAUCUCUGUCACAUGGAAAUGGGUACUUGGUGGCAUAGAGAAACACGGCCACUUUUUCAGCUACACUGCUCUCUCAGGUGCACCCCCUUCUGCUGUCCCUUCCCCAACAUACUGGGUCCUGAGCGUGGUGGGUGUCAUUUGCCAUGCUGGGUGUCAGCUCAGCGGCCCCACAUCUCUCUUGAUUUUCUCCAAAGCAGGUCUCUCUGACUAUCAGUGUGGUAGGGGGAAGACAGAUGCUGAAGGUGGAAGCUCACCUGGAGAAGGAGACACACAGGGUGACUGGGGCAAAGGACAGCUGGAAAAGAAGCUCUGUCACUUCUUCAUUGGCAUCCGCAAGGUGCCUGAGGUCAUGGCACUCCCAGAGGGUGUGUGCAGGGUCAAACCUCUCUAUGUCUUCUGGCCCUGCGUCCUGCAGUGAAGUCUCUACUGUAAGACAGUGGACUCCUUCUGUGAGGUGCUCAAGAAUGCUACUCGUGUGGUGGGGUCUGGCUUGCAGCCUGGCCCAGUUCAGAGAAAGUUGCAGAGAUCGGGAGCCAGGAUGUCAUAACCCUGGGUUGUCCUCAGGGUCCCAAUCCUAGGGCAGGGUGUGUGGAAGCAAGAGCUACUGUGGAAACCCAGCUCCAGUCUGCAGCCUCUGAGCCCCUAGUUCCUCACUCCAGCGGGGCUCCCUCACUGCAAAGAACCCACCCCUCCUGUGUGGGCAUGCCUGACCACACAGAGGACCCAGACCCAAAGAGCCGGGCAGAGUCUCUGUGGUUGGAGCUGGGCUUCAUCUCCAGGUCUGUGGUUCAGGCAGAUCAGGAAGCCUCUUCUCCACCUGUGGCUUCACUGGCCCUUUGAGAUUUCCUAUCACCAUCACUUCAGUUACCCUUGCAGAGGGCCAGGGAGUUGAGAAUGUACCUGUGCUCUCCCUCCAGGGUUUAUGCCGGCCAUGCCUUCCAGAGAGCAUAACCAACUUGACAGGGGUGCCCAGUUUCCCCAUAAACUGAAGGAAGACGAUCCUUCCCCACUCCCCAGGAGUGCUCUCAACCAACCUCAGAAAGCUCGAGAAGAGGGACCCUUUGCCCACUAGGGUGAAUUCCUGGUGGAGCAGCUCAGCUGUGAUCAGGGAAAACCAAACCUAUAGGAAGCCUUCCAGUGUGAGCUGGAGUUAGACUGAACAAGCACUUGGGCCUGCCUCUCCCUAGACCCAGCUGCGGGGCACACCAGGAAAGGAACCAGCUCAAGUGUGUCCCUAACAGCAGCCCAGACUACCCCCAACCCCUCACAGCCCGACCUUCCUCAUUCCAUCAGAUGUAUCUGCAGAAUCGGGGCAAAUUUCCUUAUUUAUUUAUGGCCCAUGCCUUUCCCCUUCUUCAUCCUGAUCCCGUUUUGCUUUGAAGAGACCCCAAUAACCGGAAAACGGCCUCCAGAAGCCAAAACCAUGCCUGGAUCUCCCACAGCUUCUCCUUUGCUUCCAGGAGAAAGUUCACAGAAAAAAUACCUUCUGGCUUCUUGUUUAUACAGAGACAACAGACCUCGGUGGGGAAACGGGAAUCUUUUCUGUAGCAAAGCUGCUACUAAAGCAGAAAGCAGUGGGACUCUUGGUAUUUCAUGCUGCCUUAUUUAUAUUAAAGGAAGAAUUAAAUCUUGCAAGGAGU